AUGAGGAAUCAAAGAAGUAACUUCAUUCCCGUUCCGACCAAGCCGGCCAAAAGCGCCCCCAAACCCCUCCCUCGUGUUCUGGCCCAACGAAAAUCCUCCAGUUGUCAAACCGAACGCGUCGUUCUGAUCAAAGAAGAAAAUCUAACGUUUUAUCCUUGCGCGAGGUUCGGCCAAAACGACGGCGGGAUGCGAAGAGACUACGUAAAGGCCAUCAACUACAUAAAUUCCUGUCACAAGUUCAUCAACACCCUCAUCGAGAAGAACGCCGACAACAAAACCGCCGUGUUCCAUCUCCCCAUGGUCACCAACUUCGUCCCGAUCUUCUCGUACUUGAUCGGGAAAAAGGCUGCGAAGCCCAAGGAGAAGGCAGCCGUGGAAAAAGUCCCCGAGAAAAAAAGCCCCAAGAACGAAGAGAGAAAAAGCAAGAGCAGUUUCGCGGUCAAGAAGGUGCCAGGGAAUGCUCCCAUUGAUCCCCUUCCUGGUAAAAUGGGGGACUGUGAGAAGAAUGUUCAGGACGCAAACGAGGAAAAGUACGCCAAUCAAGUAGCCGACAUAAUCAAGGAGCAGAUACAGCAGUUCUUGAACAAUCUCCACAACGACAUAGAUAAGGCAACCAAGAAGAACAAAAGCGAUCCACCGAAGCAGAAGUGCAAGAACUUGGACAUCGUCAAGCAGCGGCUGGAAGAACUGUCGAAGAUCUGCUUCCUGCAGAAGAAUAUGGAGAGCAACACGAGGAUCGUGGAGAUGGUGGAAACCCCGAAACCACCGCCGCUCCCGCCAACGCCGCCGCCCAUCAACACCUCCGAAGACUGCAGCGUCAUCCUCUCAGACACGGAAGAAGAAGUGAAGACAGAAAGUCCCGCUCUUCGCAUAACCUGCUAUCAAGAAAGCGCGACUUCGCUGGGCUCGCAAUCGUCCGAUAUAAAGUCGGACUCCGACUUGGAAAUAAACACAACAUAGUCUUUUCCUA